UGUAUACAUGAUAAUACAUGUUUCAGCUUGGAAUGGGAAGUGCAGUGGAGACACUAUGUGGCCAAGCCUAUGGAGCUCACAAGUAUGGAAUGCUAGGCAUAUAUUUACAAAGAUCAACAAUCCUCCUCAUGGCAACAGGCAUUCCACUCACAUUCAUCUACAUAUUCUCUAAGCCCCUCCUCCUCUUGCUCGGCGAAUCGUCUGAAAUAGCGUCUGCAGCUGCCAUAUUCGUAUACGGUCUCAUCCCACAAAUCUUCGCAUACGCCGCCAACUUCCCCAUUCAAAAAUUCUUACAAGCGCAGAGCAUUGUAGCCCCGAGUGCCAUAAUCUCCGCGGUCACACUAGUAUUUCACUUGAUUGUGACGUGGCUCGUGGUGUACAAGUUGGGUUGGGGAUUGUUGGGUGCUUCACUGGUGUUGAGUUUGUCAUGGUGGAUUGUGGUGGUGGCUCAAUUUGUGUAUAUAUUGAUGAGUAGUAGGUGCAAGGAGACAUGGAGUGGGUUCAGUUUGCUGGCAUUUUCUGGGCUGUGGGAUUUCUUGAAACUGUCUGCUGCUUCUGGGGUUAUGCUGUGUUUGGAGACUUGGUAUUAUCAGAUUCUUGUUUUGAUUGCUGGGUUACUUGAAGAUCCUGAGAUUGCCUUGGACUCUCUUUCUAUUUGCAUGACUAUAUCUGGAUGGGUGUACAUGAUUGCUGUGGGGUUCAAUGCAGCUGCCAGUGUGAGGGUGAGUAACGAACUUGGAGCAGGACAUCCAAAAUCAGCCUCUUUCGCGGUUAUAAUUGUAACCUUAUGCUCAUUUUUCAUCGCUGUAAUAUUGGCCAUCGUAGUGCUCAUAUUACGCCAUGUCAUUAGUUAUGCCUUCACUAGCGGCGCCACAGUUGAAGAAGCAGUCUCCGAACUUGCACCCUUCUUGGCAGUUGCCAUCAUACUCAAUGGUGUUCAACCUGUUUUGUCUGGGGUUGCUGUUGGGUGUGGAUGGCAAGCAUUUGUUGCGUACGUAAACGUUGGAUGUUAUUACGUGGUUGGUAUUCCACUAGGUGCACUACUCGGCUUCAAAUUCAAUCUUGGUGCUAAGGGAAUAUGGUCAGGGAUGAUAACGGGCACCUUGAUUCAAACUAUUAUUUUAAUAUGGGUAACUUUUCGGACCAAUUGGGAUAGAGAGGUGGAGAAAUCAAGGGAUCGAUUGGAUAAAUGGGCAGACAACAAGGAAGAGGAGCCUCUUUUGUCAAGCACAUGAGUUGCAGGUCACACAGCAUGGCCCAAUUGCCCCUUAAAAAUAACUUCUAUAUAUGAGGCCAUAUGACAACAGUAUUAGAAUGUGUAUCGGUAUGAGCUAUAUAUGUCACAUAUUGGACACUAAUAAUUGAAAUAUUAAUAAAUAAUGAUAUCAAAAA